AUGACUUACAGUGCACAGUUCGCGUUUAUUUUCGCCUGCAUAGCUUACGCCAGUGCAGGCAUCCUCCUUGAGCAUGCACCAGCGUGCCCUGAACAAUACGGAGUUCAGGCGUACGCGCAUCCAGAACUAUGCGACCAGUUUUUCCUCUGCACCAAUGGUACUUUGACCGUGGAGACAUGUGAGAAUGGACUGCUUUUCGACGGCAAGGGUGCUGUGCACAAUCAUUGCAACUACCACUGGGCCGUGAAUUGUGGCACUAGGAAGGCUGAUUUGAUUCCUCUAUCUACUCCGGGCUGCGAGUUCCAGUUCGGCGUCUAUCCUGACUCUGACGAGUGUUCCACGAGCUACGUCAAGUGCGCCUUUGGUAUUCCCGAGCAGGAACCCUGUUCUCCCGGUCUGGCAUACGAUGAUCGCAUCCAUGGCUGCAACUGGCCUGAUUUACUCAUACCGUUCUGCAACCCUGAAGCUGUCGUUGGUUUCAAGUGCCCCACCAAGGUACCAGCAAAUACUCAAGCUGCGAGGUUCUGGCCGUUCCCACGGUUCCCGGUGCCCGGUGACUGCCACCGCCUCAUUACCUGUGUCGAAGGACACCCCAGGCUCAUCUCUUGCGGUGAGGACAAGCUCUUCGACGACCAAAAUUUAACUUGUGAAGAGCCAGAGGCCGUGGCUCACUGUGGUGGUGGACGUGCGUGA